AUGUCUAAUAUGGAAUGGGGUCUGGAGUCCCCCAGGAAGGGCUUCGACAGUUGGGGCGAGGACAACAAGCCCCAGAGUGUCGAGACCGUUGGCUGGCGACCGAGCGCGACUGGCCGCGAGAAUGCCAUGCCCGGUGCCUACGCUUCUCUUAGUGGCGGCGAAUCUGGCCGUGUGUCUCCUGUCCAGCUCUCUACUGGCGCGCACACCGGCGAUGGGAAGGCGAGUGACAUGGAGAUCCGGUGCCGCUACUGCAACGAGCCUGGCCAUUUCGCUCGUAACUGCAACAACCCCAUGAGGUGCUUCAACUGCAACAAUCCCGGUCACGAGAAGGCGGACUGCACCAAGCCUCCCAAGUCCAUGGCUUGCUUCAACUGUGGCCAGGAAGGCCACACCAAGGUCGACUGCUCGAAUCCCCGUGUCUUCCAGGGCACUUGCAAUAUCUGCAAGCAGGAGGGACACCCUGCUGCUCUUUGCCCAGAGAAGCCUCCCACUGUUUGCAGAAACUGCCAGACUGAGGGUCACAAGACGCAGGACUGCACUAAUCCCCGCAAAUUCGACCUCAACCUGGUCGCUGACAAGGUUCCGACGGAGGCGUGGGCCUUGAUGAAGCAGGCGAGUAAUGAGCGGGAUCUCGAGGAAUUCCGUACUGCUCUCUCUAUCUACUCGAAAGCCGUUCCCGCCGCCACCUUUGUGGACAUCGAGAAGAAGAUGCGUGAUGACAAUUUCAACAUCUAUUUCAUUGCUCUGCAAAAAGAGGUUGGCGAUGUUAUCAGUUUGAUCGACCUCCAGGGCAAACUGGGUUGCACCUACUCCGUCGGGUUCUUCUACGGCCCGAAACCGCAGCGUGCUACUCUCCGCGACCGCUGGCCUGAGAACGAGGAACUCAACUUGGAGCACCUUGCAGACGCUGGUCUUCCGUUCGAUCGCAUGGUGCCCAAGUGCCUCAACUGUGGAGAAAUGGGCCACAUUUCCAAAUGGUGCAAGGAGGAGCGUGUUGUGGUUGAGCAUAUCGAGAUCAAGUGUGCAAACUGCAAUGCCACUGGACACCGUGUGCGCGACUGUACUGAGAAGCGCCGCAGCAAGUUUGGGUGCCGAAACUGCGGAUCAGAGCUUCACGAUGCGGAUAACUGCCCCGAGCCCAACACAGUGGAGUGCCGUCGUUGCAACCAAAUCGGACAUUUUGCAAAGGAUUGCCACACGAAGGAGGCUCGCACUUGCCGUAACUGCGAUUCUGAGGGCCACAUUGCUCGCGAUUGCCCAACUAAGGAGGCUCGGACUUGUCGUAACUGCGGCUCGGAGGAUCACAUUGCUCGUGAAUGUGACAAGCCUCGCGAUCCCUCCACUAUGACUUGCCGCAACUGCGAUGAAGUUGGCCAUAUGUCUCGUGAUUGCACCAAGAAGAAGGAUUGGUCGAGAGUCAAGUGCAACCAGUGCGGUGAAAUGGGGCACACUAUUCGACACUGCCCUCAGGCUCCUGAGCAACAGCCGACUAGCAUCUCCGUUGGCGCUGGUGACAACUGGAACAGUGGCACGGCGACUGAUUCAGCCUUCCUUACUGAGCCCGCGACAGACCAGGGUGGAGUUUGGUGA